AACGUGUCAACGCGCUAUUCGUUUCCAGGUCGGUUCCUGUGUGGGCAACAAAUCAGAUAAAAAUCCCCCUCCCCAAACUCCCUUAACGGCUUCAGACCCAAAAAAAACUCCCUCAACGGCCAACCCAACAACCCCCAUAAUCUACCAAAAUGACAAUUGUCUCGUCGGACAGGAAGUACCGGCGCAGCCCCAAAAUUCCGCUCCUUCCCCAGAAGCACGACGACCAUGACUCCGCCGAGGUCGGUUUCAACGGCGCGUCGUUUUCCGGAGCCGUCUUCAACAUGUCGACGACAAUCGUUGGAGCCGGGAUUAUGGCUCUGCCGGCGGCGGUUAAGCAGUUGGGCCUGAUUCCGGGCCUAAUUAUGAUCGUUUUGGGGGCUAUGUUGACCGAGUCGUCCAUCGACAUGAUCAUGCGGUUCACGCGAGCUUCCAAGACAGCCUCGUAUUCGGGUCUGGUCGGCGACGCUUUCGGUGGGCCCGGACGGACCCUCCUCCAGCUCUGCGUCGUCGUCAACAACUUGGGCAUGCUCGUCGUCUACAUGAUCAUCAUCGGGGAUGUGCUGUCGGGGACUUGGUCGGAAGGAGUACGCCAUUCGGGUGUAAUAGAGGAAUGGUUUGGUCAACGUUGGUGGACCGCACGAUUCUCGUUGCUUCUUCUCACCACGCUCCUUGUUUUGGCUCCUCUUAUUUCUUUCAAGCGCGUGGAUUCGUUGAGAUACACAUCAGCAUUGUCCGUUGCUUUGGCUGUUGUUUUCGUGGCAAUAACAGCGGGAGUAGCGAUCUUUAAGUUGAUGGAUGGAAGCGUUGCAUUUCCACGUUUGAUGCCCAAACUCGUUGACCAGGCAUCAUUUUGGAAGCUUUUCACUACCAUUCCCAUUCUAGUCACUGCCUAUAUCUGCCACCACAACAUUCACCCAAUAGAGAAUGAACUAAUAGACCCUACCCAGAUGAAGUCAAUAGUGCGGACCUCACUUGCAUUUUGCUCAUCUGUUUACAUUGCAACCAGCUUCUUUAGUUUCCUUCUCUUUGGGGAUCACACGCUGGAUGAUGUGCUGGCAAAUUUCGAUGCUGAUCUUGGAAUUCCAUAUAGCUCAUUUCUUGAUGAUAUUGUUAGGGUUAGCUAUGGCGUCCACCUGAUGCUUGUUUUCCCCAUUGUAUUUUUCUCCCUUCGCCUCAAUUUAGAUGGUCUUCUCUUCCCCUUUGCCAUUCCUAUUGCAUUUGACAAUCGAAGAUUCUACACAGUAACUGCAGCUCUCAUGGGUUUUAUUUUUCUUGGAGCCAAUUUUGUGCCUAGCAUCUGGGAUGCCUUUCAGUUCACAGGUGCUACAGCUGCCAUCUCCGUUGGUUUCAUAUUUCCUGCUGCCGUUGCGCUUAGGGACACUCAUGGAAUUGCGACAAAGAAGGACAAACUAGUGUCAUGGGUGAUGAUCUUUUUAGCAGUCUCCUCAAGCACAGCGGCCAUCUCCAGUGACAUUUACAGCAUUGUCAGUCGUGAUAAACUCGCUGGAAGCUGACAUACGAGAACAGCAAGAUUUUCCAUUCGUUUCAUUUAGAAUUAGAUUAGAUUAGAUUCCUACUUUUUUCCAUACUUCUUUAUACACACCUUUCUUUAACUUUUUUUUUUUUUUUUGUUGGAAUAAUAAAAGCCUACUAAUCAUUGAACAUUAAGAAAAUAAAGCGAUUGCCUUAUCAUGUUGUUAUGUGGAAAGAGUAAUUAGCUUAACCAGGGAGGUGUAAAUAAUGAUUCUUAGUGGUCCCCACCAAACACCAAAGCUGUUUCGCAUUGCGUUGUUGUGGCAUUAUUCGACUCAAAGCUUUUCAUCGGUUGGGAUUGGAUGAUCAUCUGUGCUUGCUUUUUUAACCUAGUUUACUGGGUCGUUUUCAAUUUUUCUCAAUUGUGACAAUAGCAUCCGAAACACACAUGGCCUGCCCUUUUCCCUUUCUCUCCACCUGGCAGAACAGCUGUUCCACUUGAUCUCAAUUCACCAAGACAUGAAGAUUGAUCAGUUUGGUCACAUUUUUCACAACCUCAGAAGCUCUUAUAUUGUUUUCGUUCACUCUCAUGGUUUCAUGGUUUCUCUGCGCCAAUAAUAUAAAAUAUACAGAAAAGCAUAAAUUAUAUGUUGCCCACAGAAAAUUAUCUUUGGGAUUGUUUAUUUAUCAAUCUGACGUCUUGGUUGUUGUGGAAAUCAUACAAGUCGAUUUGCCUUUUGGUCGUCU